AGCGCUUCCGGCAGGAAAAUGACUUCGAGCACGGAGUGUGAAGACUCAAGGAACUAAACUUAUUUUAUAAUAAAGAAUGCAACAGCUCUCAUGAAUUCUCACCCAGCCGAUUAAUUUUUAAGUGGAUGGUGCUAAAAUGAAAUUUUUUUGUCCGGCAUCGCUGCUUCUCCUCUGUGCCAGUUUGCUGACUGCGCUUGCACACACCGCAUCAGCCAGAAAUGAUACACAGGGACUGGACCUAUACAAUAUAACGUUGAACAGACAAUAUCAGAUUUCUACCAAUUCCCCAGCACACCGUGAUCUAAUUGCCAAAGAAGGCAGCAGCACUGUAAUAGAGUGUAAUCUGAAUGCCACCCAGAAUGGAGACGUUAUAUGGUUUAAUUCAAAAGGAUAUCCGUUGGGAGAAGAAGUUAGAGAAGGGAAGUGGCUGAUAUCUGCCAAUGGAGCCCUUAAUAUAACCAGCGUGACCUUUGCUGAUCGAGGAAGAUAUACAUGUAUGUGUCCAGGUGGAAAUGGAACAUCUUUCUAUUCUGUUACUCUCAGGGUGACUUUCACCACAGGAGACAUGGGCAUUUAUUACAUGAUCAUCUGCCUAGUUACAUUCACUAUCACUCUGAUUCUGAACAUCACCCGACUCUGCAUGAUGAGCAGCCACCUGCGCAAGACUGAGAAGGCCAUCAAUGAGUUUUUCCGCACAGAAGGAGCAGAGAAGCUACAGAAAGCUUUUGAGAUUGCCAAGCGCAUCCCAAUUAUCACGUCUGCAAAGACCCUGGAGUUAGCUAAAGUCACUCAGUUUAAAACCAUGGAGUUUGCUCGCUAUAUAGAAGAGCUGGCCAGAAGCAUCCCGCUGCCUCCACUAAUCUUCAACUGCAAAGCCUUUAUGGAGGAGAUGUUUGAGGUUGUGAGAAUCGAUGAUCCAGACCAGGUACAUCCAGGAGGCAUCUACACAAUCAGCCCAGCAAUGCCACGCAGUGGGUCCCCUGCUAGUGACUCCGAUGAUAAUUCAGUUCAAGGUCAAGAAAUUGCUGUCAAUGUCUCUGUGCACCCUCAUUGUGACACUCAAAGCAUAAACACCAACAACUCCCAUGAUAGCUACCAUAUAGCAUCUCCAGAGGAAGUGGUCUCCAUGCUGGGUCCGGAGGGGGCAGCUGAAGUAAUAAUAUGACGCCUUUACCUAUUGUAUACAUAAUUCCUUUCAGUAUCAAAAAACAUGUUGUGCCAGUUUAUAUUUAAUUCAAUCACAUUUCUGCCAAGAAUACCAUUGGAGUAGCAAAUAACAAUGUCUUCAAAGUAAAUUUGAGCAAGUACAUUUCUUAUGGUUUCUCUUCAGUCAAAAAAUAAAUGAUUGCCUAACCAGGGCAUCAAGAGAACUGAA